GAGUGCAGCUCCUACUCCAUACCCGGUAUUCCCGCCUCACCGCUCUCCUGCUAUCCCCAGACAUGCAGGGACCCUGGGUGCUGCUGUUGCUGCUGGGCCUGAGGCUACAGCUCUCCCUGGGCAUCAUCCCAGUUGAGGAGGAGAACCCGGCCUUCUGGAACCGUCAGGCAGCCAAGGCCCUGGAUGCCGCCAAGAAGCUGCAGCCCACACGGACAGCCGCCAAGAACCUCAUCCUCUUCCUGGGCGACGGGAUGGGAGUGUCUACGGUGACAGCCGCCAGGAUCCUAAAGGGGCAGAAGAAGGGCAAACUGGGGCCAGAGACGCCCCUGGCCAUGGACCGCUUCCCAUACGUGGCUCUGUCCAAGACAUACAGCGUAGACAAGCAUGUGCCAGACAGCGCAGCCACAGCCACGGCCUACCUGUGCGGGGUCAAGGGCAACUUCCAGACCAUCGGCUUGAGCGCAGCGGCCCGCUUUAACCAGUGCAACACGACCCGCGGCAACGAGGUCGUCUCUGUGAUGAACCGGGCCAAGAAGGCAGGGAUGUCAGUGGGAGUGGUGACCACCACACGGGUGCAGCACGCCUCCCCAGCCGGUACCUACGCGCACACGGUGAACCGCAACUGGUACUCGGACUCCAACAUGCCUUUCUCCGCCCGCCGGGAGGGCUGCCAGGACAUCGCCACGCAGCUCAUCUCCAACAUGGACAUUGACGUGAUCCUUGGUGGAGGCCGAAAGUACAUGUUUCCCAUGGGGACCCCAGACCCUGAGUACCCACGUGACUACAGCCAGAAUGGGACCAGGCUGGACGGGAAGAACCUUGUGCAGGAAUGGCUGGGGAAGCACCAGGGCGCCCGGUACGUGUGGAACCGCACUGAGCUCAUGCAGGCUUCCCUGGACCCGUCUGUGACCCACCUCAUGGGUCUCUUUGAGCCCGGAGACAUGAAAUAUGAGAUCCACCGAGACUCCACACGAGACCCCUCCCUGAUGGAGAUGACGGAGGCCGCCCUACGGCUGCUGAGCAGGAACCCCCGAGGAUUCUUCCUCUUUGUCGAGGGCGGCCGCAUCGACCACGGUCAUCAUGAAAGCAGGGCUUACCGGGCACUGACUGAGACGAUCAUGUUCGACGACACCAUUGAGAGGGCGGGCCAACUCACCAGCGAGGACGACACGCUGACCCUCGUCACCGCUGACCACUCCCACGUCUUCUCCUUUGGUGGCUACCCCCUGCGAGGGAGCUCUGUCUACGGGCUGGCCCCCGGUGAGGCCCAGGACGGGAAGGCCUACACGGCUCUCCUAUAUGGAAACGGUCCCGGCUAUGUGCUCAAGGACGGUGCCCGGCCGGAUGUCACUGAGAGCCAGAGCGGGAGCCCCGAGUACCGGCAGCAGUCAGCAGUGCCCCUGGACGAAGAGACCCACGCAGGCGAGGACGUGGCGGUGUUCGCGCGCGGCCCGCAGGCGCACAUGGUGCAUGGGGUGCAGGAGCAGAGCUUCAUAGCGCACGUGAUGGCCUUCGCCGCCUGCCUGGAGCCCUACAAGGACUGCGACCUGGCGCCCCCUGCCGGCACCACCGACGCUGCGCACCCGGGGCCCGCCGCUUUCUCCAUUUCACUUCCCCUGCUGGCUGGGAUCCUGUUGCUGCUGGGGGCGGCCACUGCUCCCUGACUGCCCUGUCCCUGGGGCUCCUGCCUCCCCAUCCCGGAGUUCUGCUCCCCACCUCCAGUGGUCCUGCCCGGCCUCCA